AUGGAUUUGCUUGGAAGUGACACCUUCUUGCCAAAUUCCGUAUCAUCUUUAUCACAAGAAGUUCUAAUUAAGAAGCUACUCCUUAGCCACGAUCCCGAUGGCCGUCAUCUUGAUUCUGAGCUGUUGCUCUGUGGAGUGGAGGACAUCAUGCUUUGUACUACCACAUCCCAAGUUCUUGAUGCCACUGAAAAAACUCAUGUAUGCAAGAUGGAAUUUGGAUCACAAGAGCCUCUCGGACAGACCUUCUGUAAAAUUUCGCACGAGAUACUUUGCAAGUGCUGCGAUGAAGGAAGUCUACAUGCAAGGGCAAUGAUUUUGUUUGAUUUGCUUGGAAAUUAUAAGUGGGGUGCAAAAGUGGCAUUAGUACUUACAUCUUUCGUAGCAAGUUAUGGCGAAUUUAGGCUCCUAAUGCAGCAGUACUCUAGUAGCCCCUUGGCAAUAUCAGUCGCAAUGCUCAAGAAAUUGCCUGCUGAUUCGAGUCCUUUAAAGCCUCGAUUUAAGGCCUUCAGUUUGUUAGUCAAUGCAAUGGUGGAUGUAACCAAGUGUAUCAUCAAGUUUGAGAAACUACCGCUUUCACAUGUGGAGCUGGAUGAUGAGACAAAGGCUGUUACAAAGUCUCAAAUCUAUAUAGCUGUUUACUGGAUCAUUAGAGGCAUCUUGAUAUGCUCUUCUCAAAUCACAGAUUCAACAGCCAUGAAAUCUGAGCAGUAUUCAGAUUCAGCAAUAAUUGCAUCUUGGGAGCUCUUAAGUUUGGUGUAUCAGCUGCGCAGCAUUUACAGUGACCUCAGACAGCAGGUGGAAGUGUGCCAUCAACAUACAGAGACAAAGCUAUAUCAGAAGCUGUUGGAUAUCUUCAAGGAGACCCAAGUGGACAACCAAGAGGUUCUUCGCUUGUUAUUUGCCUUGAGGGAUGACUUGCCACUCAAGGAUUGCUCCUCACAAGCAAAGCUAGGUGUCUCUGAUCUGAAGAACAAAGUAGUCAUACUCAUGAUCUCAAAGCCAGAGCUUCUUUCAAUAGAGGAAUCACUCUUUCUGGUUCAGCAAACACAUAAUCAUCCUCACACAAAAAAUGCAGAGGACAGUUAUAGAAUUGUAUGGGUCCCCAUUCCAGUUUCCAAUCAAUGGACUGAUGCCGAAGAGACAAUUUUUGAAUACUUAUCAAAUUCUUUGCCUUGGUUCUCAGUAAGGCAACCCUGGCUUCUUAACUCAGCAGUGGUGAAAUUUAUAAAAGAAGCAUGGAACUACAAAAACGAGCCGGUUAUGGUUGUGUUGGAUUCACAGGGGACUGUCACAAACCCAAAUGCAAUUGACAUGCUAUUUAUCUGGGGUCCCAAGGCAUACCCUUUUUCAGCUUCAAGAGAAGAAGAACUUUGGCAAGAGCAGAAUUGGACACUGCAAUUUAUGAUGGAUGAAAUUGACCUCUUGCUGACUAAGUGGGUAGAAGAAGGCAGAAACAUUUGCAUCUAUGGAAGUGACAGCAUAGACUGGAUAGUAGAAUUCACUGCCAAGAUGGAGAUUAUCAAAAGCGCAGGAGUGCAGCUUGAGACGGUGUAUGUUGGCAAGAGGAACUCAAGCCAACAAGACAUGAGGAACAUGUCAGCCACGGUUAGCUAUAAAAAACUAAGCAGUGCAUUGCCUCCCAUGAAAACACAAUUCUUCUGGCUUCGUUUGGAAAGUAUAAGAAGAUCAAAACUCCAGCUAGGAAAGAAGGCGAAUAGUACUGACAAAGUUCUAGAUGAGGUGUCAGCACUGCUAGAUGCUGAUGACAAUGACAAGAAUUGGGCAGUAAUAGGGAGAGGAUCUGAUUCCAUGAUGCAGGAUAUAGCAAGACUUGAAGGGCCAGAUCUUGUGGAAUGCUUAAACAAGUUUCCAAAGUGGGGUGAAAAUGUGGGAGAGUUGGGGUUCUGGGGUGCACUUAGACAUGCCCUUGAACCAUCUGUUCUUCCUGAGCCCUGUGGUCACUUUGAAGUCACUCUCCCUGGUAAAGAACAAGGAGAAGGAGGGGUAGUUUGUGGCCAGUGUAAGCACCCUAUGAAGAAGUUUGUUGUCUACAAAUGA